GUUAUGAAUUUCUGAAAUUAUGUAAUACAGAGGAGUAUUUUUGUCUGAAAGAAGGGAUUCAAGCUGAAAAGAACUGCAAGGCUAUAACAGUGUCUUUGCUUGGUUGUUGGCUGAAGGCUGACACCAAAGAGGAAUUCGUUAAAGUUAGAAGGAGGGAUUUGGAAAGGCUUACGACUGAGGUUAUGCAACUGCGGGAUUUCUUACCCAAAAUAGUAAAUGGGGAUAUCCUGGGGACAUUCCAGAAACUGGAUGCUCUUGAAUCAAACAUGGAGAAAAAGGAGGAGGAAAUAGAGCAGCUGAAAAUGGAUUGUGAACACUUCAGAGCCCGCCUGGAAACAGCGCAGGCAGAUUGCAUGAGAGAGAAGAAGGAGAAACUAAACCUCCGCCAGCAGCUGAACGAGGCCAAGCAGCAGCUCCUGCAGCAAGCUGAGUAUUGCACAGAAAUGGGUGCAGCUGUGUGCACGUUGAUGUGGGGUGUAUCUAGCAAUGAGGAAGCUGUUAAAACCAUUCUAGGAGGAAGUAAAGCAGUAAAGUUUUUCACAAUCACUGCACAGACCAUGGAGAGCUUUGUGAAGUCAUUAAGUGAAGACAUGAAACAGCAGGAUUUGAAUUCUGAUGAAAAUCAGUUUGUGUUAGCUCUGGCAGGGAUUGUAACAAAUGUUGCUGCGCUGGCAUGUGGCCGUGAGUUCUUGGUUAGUUCAAGUCGUGAAUUACUGGAUACGAUGAUGCACCUUCUGGGAGACAUGAAGCCGGGACUCUGUACCAAAUUUAAAGUGCUAAUGCUAAUGUCACUUUACAACGUGAGUAUCAACUUGAAAGGCUUGAAGUACAUCAGUGAAAGUCCAGGUUUUAUUCCUUUGCUUUGGUGGCUGUUAAAUGACCCAGAUACAGAAGUUUGUCUUCAUGCUCUGCGGCUCCUCCAGUCCGUGAUUCUGGAGCCAGAAGUGUUAGCCAAGUCGGCCUCGGAGAUGCGAGAUACUUUGCCAUUUCAGCGUAUCAUUGCACUGUCAAAGAGCCGCAAUGCAGAACUGCAAGCGCUUGCAAAAGAGCUACUUGAAGAUCUUAAAAUACUUGAGUAUGAAGCGUAG